CGGCGGCAGCGGCGGCGGGGCGGGGCGGGCCGCCUCGCCUCGCCUCCCUCAGCUGCGGAGCUGAGUGGAAGCCCGCGCUUCUGCGCCGCUGCGGCCCACGGGCGGGACGUCCCGGCAGCGCAGCCUGGCUCCGGAGCGUAAAAUCCUAAAUUUGCUGGGGGAAAAGCAACAAAGGAGAUAGUGGGCUUAGAAACAAGGAACUGGGGAAGAAAGGGAGAACGAGAAAUCCCAAAUGGUUUAAAUUUCACUCAUCCUAGACAGCUUCUUUUCCAGCUAGUAAGUGUUUGAAGUCUUCUAUGAAAAGUCUUUUUGCUAUAUUUAGAUGUUUUGUCAUACUAACUGCUACUUGUACAGUAUUGAGAGACAGAAUACCAAUGAGAUCUUUCACUCUUCUUUCUCAUCUGAGCACACAAUGUCUUCUGGAGACAACCAGCAACUUCAGACACUCACUAAACCAGCACUCCAUGAAAAGGAGGCCGUUGAAUUGACUGAAAGGGUAUUUGGAUUAAAAGUGUCUGAGAUCAGAGCACUCCCCAGCUAUGAUGAUCAGAAUUUUCAUGUGCGUGUUACAAGGAAGGAAGGAACAGCAGAUUGUGCUGAUGAUUAUGUCCUCAAAAUAAUCAACUCUGAAGACAGCCAGAAUCCUGAACUCAUUGAAGUGCAGACACGGAUCAUGAUGUUUCUGAAUGCUGAAGGGUUUCCUUCAGCUGUGCCCCAUCUGACUAAAGAUGGUAACAUCAUGUCUCUAGAAUCAAUAGGUACUGGGUCCCUGACAAAAAAGUACAUGGUGAGAUUGCUGACCUACCUCCCUGGCACACCUCUGGCAAAGUGCCCUACCAAUCCUCAGAUUUUGUAUGAGAUUGGAAAGCUAGCAGCUAGACUGGACAGAGUUCUUUCAGAGAAAUUCCAUCAUCCAUCAGUAAAAAGUCUUCAUCGAGGGAAGUUCAUUUGGAACUUGGCAAAUGUUCCUCUUUUGGAUCAGUAUAUUCAUGCCCUGGGCCAGAGCGAAUACUGUGAAGUUGUGAGCCAAGUAAUUCAACAGUUUAAAGAGAAAAUCUUACCCAACCUAAGCAAUUUUCGAGCCUGUAUCAAUCAUGGGGACCUUAAUGACCAUAACAUCUUGGUGGAUUGCAACCCUGCAUCUUCUCCUGAGAGGGCACAGUACAGAGUGACUGGCAUUCUGGAUUUUAGUGAUAUGAGCUAUGGUUACUAUGUAUUUGAAGUAGCCAUAGCAAUCAUGUACAUGAUGAUUGAGAGCAAAGAUCCUCUCAGCGUUGGAGGACAUGUGCUUGCAGGGUUUGAAAGCAUCGUGCCAUUGACGCCAGAGGAGAGAGGUGCCCUCUUCCUUUUGGUGAGCGGUAGGUUCUCUCAAUCGCUGGUAGUAGCGGCUCACACUUUGCAGUUAUAUCCUGAAAAUCAGGAAUACUUAAUGAUCACAGCCCGAGUGGGAUGGAAGCACUUAGUCCAACUGUUUGAGGUGGGCCAAGAAGUGGUUGAGAAGAUCUGGUUUGAGACUGCAGACGCCUAUGCCAGUGCUGCCCAGGCCUAGCUUGCAUAUUUCCACCAAGGAGAUAACACACAGGGAUGUAAGGAAACCUGCAACUUGCAGUGAUGGGACUGGACUGCAGUUAUUAAACAUAGGUAUGACAGAAGCUAUACAUCCGGGUUUUCCUGAACAUGUCUU